AUGUCGCAAAAACUCUCUUCCACUUGCUAUUCCACUUCAUCGGUCUCAAAAACCAACUUACUCUCUUCUUUGUCCUCUCCUUCCCGUUCCACAAAAAAACGUUCCAUAGAGAUACAAGCACCUACAGUUCUGACAUGCUUGACUCCAAAAACCUGUCAACUCAUAACAAUAGAAUACUCCAUUCACGCGUGUUCUUCUCGUCUCUCGCGAGAACUCGAGAAAGUUUUUCCCGAGGUUGCGGCAGACUUGGGUCGGUGUCUUGUUGUGCCUACCUUUCAAAAAUGUGAACAUGAUCUUGUAGGUGUCGGGCCUUUAGUUGAUAAGGAAAGGGAUGCAAAAUUGGAAGCCUUUAUUGAAUGGGGAACAUCAAUUUGUGAAAAACUGCGACAGUAUGGGCAUUGGGCGGAUAUUACAGAUCCAGCUUCGGGAUUUCCUGUUUUUUCUUCGCCUGGCCCAUCAAUGUAUCCGGAUGUAGAGGGCGCGCAACAACUCUUAAAAUACGAUGUGCAAAACGCCGGAUGUUGUCAUAUUCUACUUCACCCACAAUGGGGAAGUAAAAAUUAUCCGGCGACAUUAUUCACGACUGCCGAUGCUGACACGUUGAAAAAUGUGAUUUCCGAUUGUUUUAGAACGGAAUCAUCGAAAGAAUCAUACUAA